CAUAGAAAAUUAACCAUGUAUCGUCUUCUUCCUCUUUUCCUCUCGCUUCUCCUGACAACAAUCCCAACCCCACGCUGCAACUCUCAACAGUUCGCUUGCGACGAAACUCUCCCUGCAACAUCCCAAUAUCCCUUCUGCAACACCUCCUUACCCUACCCCGACCGAGCCAAGGACCUCGUCUCCCGUCUAACCCUCCAAGAAAAAGUCAAACAGCUAGUAAACAAAGCCGCCGGAGUUCCCAGACUCGGUGUCCCGGCCUACGAGUGGUGGUCGGAGGCUCUCCACGGCGUCUCCAACGUCGGUCCCGGCGUCCAUUUCAACGCAACGGUGCCCGCCGCCACGAGCUUCCCCGCCGUUAUUCUCUCUGGGGCGAGCUUCAACACGACGCUGUGGCUCGACAUGGGCCAGGUGGUGUCAACGGAGGCUCGAGCCAUGUAUAACGUGGGUCUUGCCGGGUUGACGUACUGGAGUCCGACGAUCAACGUAUUUCGCGAUCCGAGAUGGGGCCGCGGCCAGGAGACGCCAGGGGAGGACCCGCUGGUGGUGUCGAGGUACGCGGUGAAUUAUGUUCGGGGACUGCAGGAAGUGAUUGGCGGUGACGAUGGUGACGGUGACAGGCGGCGGCUCAAGGUGUCGAGUUGCUGCAAGCAUUAUACUGCUUAUGAUGUUGAUAAUUGGAAAGGUGUUGAUAGAUUCCACUUCGACGCUAAGGUGACAAAGCAGGAUAUGGAGGAUACAUAUCAACCACCAUUUAGGAGUUGUGUGGAGGAAGGACAUGUGAGCAGUGUUAUGUGUUCUUACAAUAGAGUUAACGGGAUUCCCACUUGUGCCGAUCCAAAUUUACUCACGGGCAUUAUCAGAGGUCAAUGGAAUCUCGAUGGAUAUAUUGUUUCAGAUUGUGACUCCAUUGAGGUAUAUUACAAUGCCAUUCGAUACACAGAUACCCCAGAAGAUGCAGCGGCUCUUGCCCUGAAAGCAGGUUUAAACAUGAACUGUGGAGACUAUUUAGGCAAGUACACAGAAAAUGCAGUGAAGUUAAACAAAGUAGAAGAAUCUGUAGUUGACGAAGCCUUGUUGUACAACUACGUCGUUUUGAUGAGACUAGGAUUAUUCGACGGUGACCCUAGAUCUUUACCGUUCGGGAAUCUUGGACCGUCCGAUGUCUGUGCCGAUGAUCAUCAGAGAUUAGCCGUUGAUGCUGCAAGACAAGGCAUAGUCUUGUUGUACAACAAUGGAGCUCUGCCAUUAUCCAUAAACACGACGAAGAGUUUAGCCGUCAUCGGGCCAAAUGCAAAUGCUACGACUGUCAUGAUAAGCAACUACGCCGGAAUUCCUUGUGGGUAUAUAAGUCCGGUUGAAGGUUUGAAGAAAUAUGUAUCCACGAAUAGCGUUUUGUAUUCGGCGGGUUGUGGGGAUGUUAAGUGUGGUGAUGAGGGGUUGAUUAAGGAAGCGAUGGAGACUGCGGCGGCGGCGGAAGACGCAGUGGUUGUGGUUGUAGGGCUUGAUCAGUCUGUUGAGGCAGAAGGAGUUGACCGAGUCAACCUUACUUUGCCUGGGUUUCAAGAGAAAUUGGUGGUGGAGGUGGUGAAUGCAACUCGAGAGAGUACAAAAGUGAUUCUUGUGAUAAUGUCUGCUGGACCUGUUGAUGUUUCUUUUGUUCGGAAUUUGAAAAAAGUUGCAGGGAUUUUGUGGGUCGGGUAUCCGGGUCAAGGUGGUGGAGACACCAUUGCUCAAAUCAUGUAUUGGUCACUACAAUCAUCAGCGUUGACAUGUUACGAUCAAUCCUACGCCGAUCAGGUCCCCAUGACAGACAUGACCAUGAGACCAAACACUUCAUCAAACUUCCCCGGCCGAACCUACCGAUUGUUCACCGGCAAACCCAUCUACGAAUUCGGCCAUGGACUCAGCUACUCCACAUUUUCCACCUUCAUAAUCUCCGCACCCUCAACCCUCCUCAUCCCACUUCACCCCCACAACAUUCUAGUCUCCUCCACCGUCAUCGACGUCUCAGAAGUCGACUGCAACGACUUGAAAGUUGACCUCGUUAUCGGAGUAAAAAACAACGGACCGAUGAACGGAACCCAUGUGGUGAUGGUGUUCUGGAAGCCGCCGACGGGGUCGGGGGCGGUGGGUGGUGCGCCGAGGUUGCAGCUGGUUGGGUUCGAGAGAGUUGAAGUUGAGGUGGGGAAAACGAAGAUUGUGAGAAAGGAGAUUGAUGUGUGCGAGGAGAUGAGUUUGGUUGAUGCGGACGGGAGGAGGAAGCUGGUGACGGGGGUUCAUACGAUUGUGGUUGGGGCCGCGAGUGACCGGCGCGUCCAACAUCGGCUAAAUGUGAGGGUGGCGGAGACUGCGAGUGGAGUUGGUGGGUUUGUGUCUGUCUAGGUCGGAUAAUUAAUUAAUUAGUACUGAAUUAAAUUUAAUCAUGUUUUUGUUGUGAUUAAAAAGACAGAAAAUGGACUGACAAUUACUUAUCAUACAA